UGGAGUUGAUAUUGAUAAAAGGCAGGAGGACACAUAGCUGAUUCGGCGACGCACUGCUGCGUACUGUUAAUCAAUUUUUGUUGUUUUGCGGGGCAUCGAUUCGUAACACUUGACUGUUUUUUAGCGAAAAAUGAAAGUGAUAACUGCUGUGAUAUUGUCUUUGGGCUUCCUUGCCGUGUGCUCUGGAUUACCCGCAUCGAAGAAGGACGACGUCGAAUUUGUACCACCGGAAAGGAGUCCUUUUGGUGAUAAACCGAUCGUCGACACUGGUGCUUUCGACGGAUGGGGUGGACCAUUCUCGAACCCAUUCGGCGGACUCUUCGAGAAUAUAGAAAGUGUUAUGACGAGAAUGCGGCAACAAAUUGAAGAUCUACUGAAGAGGUUCCCGUUGAAGAGGGGAAAUUCUACAGAAGAAAUUCCGGACUUUGCUUUGGAAGGUCUACCAGUUUUCCCACGUUUCGGUGAUAUUGACUUGGGAAAGGCUAACAAAACCUCCGUUACUAAGGUUAUCGACGGACAUAAAGUUGUAAUCAACGAGACGGCAUACGAAAACCAAGACGAUUUGGGUGGCACCUUUUUCAAAGUUCGAAUCAUAGACGUCAAACCGGACAGUAGCGAACAGACUACCGAAAAGGAAGCGGAAACCAUCCCGGACAACAACAAAGACCGGGAAAGUUCAGAGAACAGCUUCGAAAAUGAAAUCCCCAAGUCCAAAGAGGUUGGUAAUACUAACAGUUUUCCAGAAAAAUUAAUAAAGGCAGCUUAAGUCCCGAGCUUAUAUCAAGGAUCCUUUCUUUACAUAAAAUAACACUGUUACAAAAUACAUACUUACACCAUUAGGGCAUUUUUAUAAUAAUUAUUUCGCUUAGGACUGAAAAAGAAAAUGUUGCAAUGUUUUGAAAUAUUUUUACGUAUAUAAUUGUGCGUUAGAAAUCCAUCUGCAAUAUUUACUAAUCUAUUAUUUUUAUCAUUAUAUUUUUCAUUGUUAUGGACCUUAUCAUAAUUAAUAAAUAUUGUUAAUAUAGGACUGUAAAAAUAUAUAUAAAUGUGUAUAUUAAAUAUUUAUAGAAAUUUU